AUGUACUUUUACUUAAUUUGCAAAUAAUCUUGUCCACCUACUACUGUUAUAUAAGGUUAAUAUUGCAAAUCGAAUUGUGAUGUAAAUAAUUUUUUGUAUGGUUAACUUUGUGUUGCAACAUGUCCAACAUUUACUUACAAAUCACCAUCCGAACUAAAAUGUUUACUUUGUAAUUCUGUAUGUAGGUCUUGUAAUGGACCUUUAGUAAGUUAGUGUUAUUCUUGCAUAGAAAAUUAUUUAUUAAAUGGUAAUACUUGCACACAAACUUGUCCAGACUUAUAUGAUUAUGAGGAUUAAAAAUGUAUAAGCACUUGUGGUACAAAGUACGAAUUAACUGAUUUCAAAAGUUGUGUGACAACUUGUCCAACUGGAUACCUAAAAUGUAUUAAAAAAUGUUUGAUAACUCCUCCCGAUGGAUAUUAUUCAAAUGGAGAUAGUUGCAUUAAUGCAAUAGUAAAUGUAGCUAAUGCACAUCCAAAAAUGUAUGUUAAGCAUGUAGUAAAAACUGCUAUCUAACUUUGUAAACCUGUUCAAAUACUUGUAUUAAUAAAUCUCUUUAUAUGGAUUCAACAACGUAGACUUGCGUUACUAAAUAUCCACCCUAACUUUAUCAUUAAGAAUCCUAUGAUAAAAGAAGUUGCGUUGAGGAUUGUGUUAUAGGCUAUAAAUUUAAUGAUUAAUGUGUAAGUUCUUGUCCUAAAGGAAUGUAUAUUAAGAAUAAAUUCUGAACGAAUUGCCCUUAGGCAUGCGAAGAAUGUACUUCAGCAACUAAUUGUACUGCAUGUGUUUAAGAUUAUUUUUUGGAAAAUGGACUGUGUUAAUUGA